UUAAUGGCGAGUCGCUUCCGUUGUUCGUUUCUUCCGCCGAUUCCUCCUGUCGUGGUAGUGGUCCGUGCCGUGUGUCAGUUCUCUUUAGUGUUUGCCAAUGUUGGAGGUAUUACUGGGGUCUGUCCCUGGAAAACAGAUAUAGAGGAUGGCACAAGUGAAAGUGCAGACAGCAGCAAACUUCUCUGCAUCUGCCAUGUCAUCUACAGGACAGUCGCCAGCAGUGGUGACUGUAGGUCCACUCGGUAUGCAACCCUCUAUGAACGGAUCAGUUCCAGCCUCAACUCCCAGCUGUAACAGUCCUGCAGCUGGGUUUGUGGAAUAUACUGUUCCUGCAAUUUUACCAGCUUCUCCUCAGGAAAACAUGGCAAACCCCAAAGAGAAAACUCCAAUGUGUCUGGUAAAUGAGUUAGCCCGUUUCAACCGAAUUCAGCCACAAUACAAGCUCCUAAAUGAACGAGGGCCAGCACAUGCUAAGAUCUUCACUGUGCAGCUGACACUUGGAGAACAGACGUGGGAGGCAGAAGGAAGCAGCAUAAAGAAGGCACAACAUUCAACAGCUGCCAAAGCUCUGGCUGAAACGACGCUCCCCAAGCCAUCACCUCGACCGCCCAAAAUGGACAGUAACAGUAACCCAGGAAGUAUAACCCCUACCGUGGAGCUAAAUGGCCUUGCAAUGAAAAGAGGAGAACCUGCCAUCUAUAGGCCAUUGGAUCCAAAGCCAAUUCCCAAUUACAGAGCCAACUAUAACUUCCGGGGAAUGUUCAAUCAAAGGUAUCAUUACCCAGUGCCUAAGAUAUUUUAUGUGCAGCUGACCGUGGGGAAUAGUGAGUUUAUAGGGGAAGGAAGGACACGUCAGGCUGCCAGACACAGUGCUGCUAUGAAAGCCCUCCAAGCACUUCGGAACGAGCCCAUUCCUGAAAAGCCACCUCAGAACCUAAAUGAAAAGAAUGAAGCCAUGAUGGACAAUGAUGCCAGUAAAUCUGAAAUAAGCCUAGUAUUUGAAAUUGCACUGAAGCGAAACCUACCCGUCUGUUUUGAGGUGAUUAAAGAGAGUGGCCCGCCCCAUAUGAAGAGCUUUGUCACUCGGGUUACAGUUGGAGAGUUUUCUGCUGAAGGAGAAGGGAACAGCAAAAAACUUUCCAAAAAGCGAGCUGCAAUGUCUGUACUUGAGGAGCUAAAAAAACUCCCAUUUCUUCCAACAAUAGAAAAACCUAAACUUCAUUACAAGAAACGCCCCAAGACUAUACUAAAGACUGGCCCAGAGUAUGGACAAGGUAUGAACCCAAUCAGUCGCCUGGCCCAAAUUCAACAAGCAAGAAAAGAAAAGGAACCAGAAUAUGUGCUUUUAUCCGAACGAGGAAUGCCCCGUCGCCGUGAAUUUAUCAUGCAGGUGAAAGUCAACAAUGAAGUUGCUACUGGCACCGGCCCAAAUAAGAAAAUUGCAAAACGCAAUGCAGCAGAAGCAAUGUUACUGCAGCUUGGUUACAAAGCAUCUACUCCAAUACAGACUCAAACUGAGACGUCUGAGAACAAAGGCUGGAGUGGACAAAAAUCAUCUUUUCCUGAACCAGCAACUAACACGCAAAAAGGAAUACUUCAUCUUUCUCCAGAUGUCUAUCAGGAGAUGGAAGCAAGCAGAAAUAAAGCUGGUCCUGGAAAUUACCUGACCCCAAAAGACAUUAGCCAAGGUUCCGGCUGUUUCUUUAGCACCACCAGCAACACAGCAGUCAUUGCCAGGGAGCUCCUGCUCAAUGGGACCUCCCCGACAGCUGAAGCCAUAGGUCUUAAAGGAAAGGCACCUGCUUCACCCUGUGCCUCUGUACAGCCUUCUCAGCAGCUGGACUACUUGGCAAGGAUUCAAGGCUUUCAGGUGCAGUAUAAUGAUCGACAAAAUGGCAAAGAGUGCUUGACCUACUUAACGCUUUCACCUGUGCAGAUGACUUUCCAUGGCAUUGGGAGCUCCAUUGAGGCUAGCCAUGAUCAGGCAGCUCUAAGGGCCUUGAAACAGCUGUCAGAACAAGGACUGGACCCAGUGGAAGGCACAAUGAAGGUGGAAAAUGGAUCACGAGAAAAACAAGUGAUCCAUCUGGGCGAGAAGGCAGACAAUAAACAGACUAACUCAGGCACCACUGCUCAGGACUGCAAGGAUUCAAAGGCUGUCGUCUAGGAGCCCUCAAGUGAAGCACCCACGGCGGCCGCUGCAUCCUUUGAAACUUGUCAACACGCAAUAGGGUGGAUGUGUAUGAGGAAAUGAAUGACUAGAUACCAUUAUUUGAGUCUAUGUGAAGACAACACUAUCCUAACACAAAUCAAUAAAUAAGUAAUGCAUGACAGUCUUUAAAAUGUGGGGAAUUCAAAUGAAACAAAGAAUUCCCCAUUUUAUGUCAUCAGAUCAUGUUUUUAAAGAUACCUGCCAAGCGACAGAGCAAAAGCAAGAAAGCAUCAUGUUAAUGAAAUUAUCAGUUUAAUAGUGGAGACAGUGCUAGUAAAUCGAGACCAUUAAAGUAAACUGUAAUACCAAUAAGGAUGAAAUGGUUUUAUUUUUAUUUUAGUGUAGGAUAAUUUCAUCUUUUUUGUUCCUUUUUUUAAUAAAUGAUAAUGCUUGGAUAUUCUAAAGUUAACCAAUGACCGUGCUGUGAGAGUUGUAGUUGUUGUCUUCAUAUACAGUCAUCCAGCUUAUCUUUUAUGCUGACAUUAAGCAUUCUUCAUUCUAUAUGGAUAUGUAUUUUUUUGCAAAGUACAAAAUGCCAUAUUUAGAAUUUGUUUGCUAAAAAAAUGUUGACAUAAAAAUGCUUAAUAAACCAUGAACUGAUGUUAGAACUGAUCAAUAGAGGCUCUCAAACAAGCAGUUAUGGCAUUUGAGUUUUAUGAACCUGUUCUAACAACGGAGGCGUCUGGCCUCUGCUUAACAUAUUCCCCCAUUUCUCCUCCUCUUUUGUGUGUGAAACACAUCUACACCCAUUCUGUGUGUUGUAUUGACCCACCUUUUGCAUCAACUGAGUGUUUUUAAUAACUGCAUUCUGAGGUGGAAGAACUUCACAGGCCCAGAAACAGAAGACUUGAAAGCAAGAAGUACCAGAUUGUAUUAGAGGAGCCCUGUAAAUGAACUCUGGGGUUCUGAAAUGGCCAAAUGCAGUAAAACCACGUCAGUUCAUGUUUAA